AUGGCCAUGUAUCUUGCUACAAUCAUAAAAGGAACAAAGGUGGAAGAGCUAUCAGAAGACCUACGCUACUCUUCACCAGAACUGACCUACCAGAUCAUCAAUGCAGAUCAUUUCUUUCUGAAAGACACCAGUCAGGCAUCAAUGGGAAACUUUACCCAACAGUCACAGAAACAACCCUUCAUCAUCACUGGACUCACUGGGAAGCCAGCCAUCAACAUCAGCUUUGGGCCCAUUUCUGUAGAACAGGCUAUCCCUCUAGAGUUGAUUAACACUGGUCCCAGGGUCAAAGCCUUCCCACUGGCUCGUCAGGUGCGUUCUGCAUCCCCCAUUAUACAACUGUUAUUUUAUGCAACAAACAAGAUAGGUGAUAUGAUGGAUUUGUCAAGUCGGGCCAGUCCAGGGCAGAGUGACAAGGGGUACAUAUGUGUUACAGCGCAUGCCAUCUGGAAAUCACAAGAGAUCAGAGACACUUGUUCUAUUUCUGAAAAUGGAGGCUUCUGUUUGGCCCAGUUAAGGCCUGAGCCAGCAUGGUUCAGCCCAAGGAGUGCCAGAUCCAGCAAGGAGAACAGACCUUCUUCACGAGGAACUGUUGUGGAGCUUUACUAUCAGACCAGGCCCAGUCUCACCAGCCAGUGUAUCCCUCAAGACAGCAACCAGUGGCAUAGUCCAACUCAAGGGGAGAUCAGUGGACAGCAAUCCAGAUCUAUAUUGAAGAAAGCUGGCUAUGUAAACCUCUUGCGGUCACCUCCAGGGAACCCAAUGUUCAUGCGCCUACGUCUGGGUGGUGCUGUAAUAAUCCAAACUUCUUCUAAACCUCUGAAGACCACAGACACAGCCACCUUUUAUGUCUUUUUGUCCAGUACCUCCCAGAUAGAGCAUUUCAUUCUCAGAGUCACAGUACACAAAGGUUUGUUGUUCAGCACAGCAAGACCCAGUGAUACUCAGCUGUGGGACAUCACCUUAGACCCUGGGAAACCAGGCAAGACCCAAAUUGUGUUUGUGACCUGCCAGAGGAAGAGCACCAUCACUGCAAAAAGGGGUCUGCUGGAGGUCUUGCAGCUGGACUUUGUCGCAUGUGAGCAGGGUGACCCGGCACAUAUCCAGACAAUCACGUGGCGUCUGGAAUGGCCUGGAAAUCCGAUUCGGGAGGAAGGAACGAUGAGGAUUUACAUGCUGCAGAAAGACUAUGUGGGCAUUGCACCACUCAUUAUGAACUCGGACCUUCUCAACACCGCAGUACUGAAUGGUAAGAUGGUGUCCAUGCCGGUGAAGGUGGUGGGAGUGGAGGUAGAUGGCUCUGUCAGUGAUAUUACCAACUUGACUCACUGCUCAUCUGCAGAUGAAGACACUCUUAAGGUGUCUGAGAGCUGUGACUAUGUGUAUGUGAAUGGGAAGGAGACAAGAGGGAGGGUGAGGAUGAUGCUGAACUUCACUUACAGCUACCUGAGCACCCAGCUGGAGGUGAGCGUGUGGAUGCCCCGCUUACCACUACAGAUCAACAUGGCUGACCCCAAGCUCAGCCAGAUCAAGGGAUGGAGGGUCCCCACCGCCAGGGGCAACCGUAGACCGAGUUGGGACCAUGAGGAGGAUAAUGAGAAGAAGGGCCGAGGCUGCGUGGUGCAGUAUCAGCACAGCCAGAUCCAAGUACUCACAGCCUUCAUGGCAGAGGUGUUGGACUCAAAUGCAUCCUCUCCUGAGCACUUCCUGGGUCCUGAGUGGCUGGUGGAUGUGACUUGGCUUGUACAGUCCUCUCUGCAAGUUGGGGACACAAGCAUCGCUCAGCUGCACAGAGAAACCGUGCUCAGUGGCAAAGCUCCUGGAGUCACCACUGUCCAGGUGAUGUCCCCCAUGUCAGACUCAGUCCUGGGGGAGAGGAUGGUGCAAGUGCUGGAAGAUAAAGUGAGCAUCACAGAUCUCAGUGUGCAGCUGGUGUCAGGCCUCUCACUGUCACUUCAGCUAAGUCCGGGCAGCAACAGGGCCAUCACAGCUAUGGUCACUACUCAGGACACCAUGCACAGCCCUAAACAGGAGGCAGUGGUUGCAUGUUGGCUGCACUUCAGCGAUGGCUCUCAGGCUCAUCUUGACCUGUUUGAUCCCAGCAGCUAUAAGCUCACAGUCUCCUCACUGGAUAACAGGGUGGUGUCAGUAAAAAAAGUUCCAGACCCUGUCAUGGUGGCCGAGUCAGAGGGAUGGGGCCUGCUGUUCAGAGCUGAGCUCGCCAUCUGUGAAGCUUGUCAGAAGUCCAAACGCAAAAGCAAGCUCGCUGUUGGUGCUGGCAAUGUGAGGGUUAAAUUCCUUUUGUCUAAGCAUAGAAGGACUCAAAUUGAAGCCAAACUGAGCCUGACUCCCUUUCAAGGUCUUCUCAGGAGGGACACCACAACUGGCAUACAAGAGAGCACCACAAAAUAUAUCUCUGCAAUGUCAGUCAAGUCCCAACUACAAGAAGCAAUGGGAGGGGCACUCUCCACCAUCAGGGUGCUCAACAGCAUCAAAGACAUGACUGCUACAAAGCCUGACACUGAAAAAGCUCUUACUACAGUCAUUCCAGCUAAUGUUUCGAUUAACAUCUCAGAUUUCUCAUCCCAACCCAAACAGGAAAUGCCUAUACAUGAGCAAGAUUUGGUGUGGACAUUCGGUAUCUUUACACAUGUUGAGAUCUGCAUUUAUUUGUUACUCGGACUCACCUGCUUGGUGAUCAUCAUCUUUCUGAUUAACUGUGGCACUCAGAAUGCAAAGCCACGUGGUAGAAAGUCACUCAUGCAGUGCCAAGGCCCUGAUGAGCACACACAUCCCUGGGUGCACUUAGGCAUGGAUACGGAACAAUCCGGUGUUGUGCCGAUUCUCACCACAAGCAACCACAAGCAAAAGGUACUAAAUGCAGUAGUGGAAAAGCCAAAUCCUGCUAUCAAGAACCCUACAGAAAGGACUGCAACAGUGGGAAGAAUGUGCAGCACUCUGCCUCAGAGAACCAACCCUGUGGCACUCAAAUCAACUGGUCCACUGGCAAAGCCAAUAUGGAACGAGCCACUGCACUCCCCAACCAGUAAGAGGAACCAGGUCCAGUUCACGACCUUUAUGACUCUCGACAUCAAGCACUUGGCAGCUCUCAAGAGGAACUGGUUGGAUGUUGGCUGGACUAACCAAGGAGCAAAUCAAGCAGCUAAUCAGGGAGAUUCAUCCAGGUUGAAUGUGGCAGCCAGGCAAAGUGUACAGUGUCCUGAGCCUGAAGGUAUUUCUGAAAUCCCAUGGCCAGUGGUAAAACCAGUGGUACAGGGGAAAUGA